AUGGCUGAUGGGGUAGAAUUGCAAAACCCGCAUCUUGACUAUUUGGAAACAGACUAUUUGUACCACCUCGGCUUGUCCACAAAAGAUGAUCUUGAAAAACUCUUUUCGGAUGUGCGUUUCGUCUGUAUGGGUGGAACCUCGCAAAGAAUGCUGAGAUUCGCCGAGCAUAUGAAGAGACUGCUAAAUGUCAACCAUAAAGUGCAAGACCUUACCGGACACGGCAGUCGAUUUUCCAUAUUUAAAAUCGGUCCUGUGCUUUCCGCAAGUCAUGGAAUGGGUUGUCCGUCGUUUAGUAUCCUUCUGCACGAGUUACUCAAACUGCUCAAGUACGCGAAGUGUCGAAACAUAACGAUGAUAAGACUGGGCACAAGCGGGGGUGUCGGUGUCGCCGGAGGAACGGUUGUGGUGAGCACAGGGGUAGUCGAUGAUCUUUUAAGGGAGAAUCAUCACUUUCAUAUUCUGGGCGAAGUUGUUGCCAGGCCCUGUACCCUUGACGAAAAACUUGCGGAAACCAUUACAACCCAUGGCCUUGAAAUGUUCCCUGACAUUCCCAUAAUCAACGGAAAAACGAUGUGUGCAACAGAUUUCUAUGAAUCUCAGGGUCGUCUUGAUGGUGCCUUCUGUCACUACGAUUACUCAAGAAAGAUUCAGUUUUUACAGAAGCUACAGGCUCUCGGUGUGCGUAAUAUCGAAAUGGAGGCCUCUUUAUUCGCGGCAAUGUGUGCUCAUGCCAGAGUCCCGGCUGCCCUGGUUUGUGUUACAAUGUUAAACAGGUUGGAGUCUGAUCAAAUGCCUGGAGACGAGAAAUUACAUCUUCAGUGGCAGGACAGACCUUUAAAAGUAGUUGGCGGGUAUAUUUCGAAGGUUUUACGCGGAAAUUGAAGUGUGUGGGUUAGUGACAUGGACUGGGUGCUAUACAGCCCUAUCAAGUAUAGCGAAAAAAAACGCCGUUAAUACAUCUAUUCAUAUACGAAAUCACUGCCAGCCAUGUUAAUAGUCAUAAUAAAUAUGUGAAUUGCUCUGUUCA